UAUGGAAACAAUAAAAUCAAAUACACUCAUGAUGGAAGGACUUGGCAAACAAUUACUUUUACAGAUGGAAUGUAUUCCUACUCAGAUAUUAAUGAUUACAUUCAUCAAUAUAUGUCUCAAAAGUCUCAUCACUCAACAGAUUCGGGUGGAAAGAAAACUUAUUCAAUCAAUCUAACUUUUAUACUAUCUACCUAUCGAGUUCUCAUAUCACUUGAUGGUGAUUAUCAACUUGAUCUAAGAGGAACAGAAUUUGGAGACCUGAUUGGAUUUGCAAAGAAACUUAUUACAAAAACAGAGUAUGGAUCAAAACUACCAAAUAUAACAAAUUCAAUAGAUGUAUUAAAUAUCAACACAACCGCAAUAACUGAUAGCAUUGUAAAUGGAAUAAAUACAAAUACUAUUGCUGUGAUACCAACUGAUAAUCUUACAAGGUCUUUUCCAUUUUCAUUUGAACCUAAAAGACCAUUGUAUUGUCCUGUCUCUACAUUUCACAUUGAUGAAAUGAGAGUCUAUGUGACAGACUCACUUGGAAGACCAGUAAAUUUUAAUGGUAUUGAUUGGUUUAUGACUUUAAUACUUCACUCAAUGUAAUACUUCGUAGUUAUAUAACUAUUAAAAUAAAAUGAUGCGAAAAUCAGAGUUUAAAAUGAAACUUGACCCAGAAUUGGGGAGAUAUACAAGACAACAUAUUUAUGGUGAAGGAAUGAUGGAUGUGUUUAAAUCAGUUGGUACAAAAUUAUUUGGAAAAACAGUCAAAUCAGCUGCUAAAAAAGCUGCUAAAAAAGCAGCGACAGCAGCUGCAACAAAAACUGGUGAACAUGUUGGUAAAAAGGCUGGUGAUAAGAUAGUGCAAAUGUUAUCAAAAGGCACUCCCUCCCGAAAACCCCCUUCUAAAAAAGUAGUUACUUUUAAUAAAAAUGUCGAAACAAUAACUCAACAAGAGAUAGAUCAAAUGUUGAAUAACCUUAUUAGUGGUGGUUCAACACGUAAGAGAAAAAUUAUAUAAUUAUUAAAAUAAAAUGAAGUCAUUUAGAAAUCGAAAAUAUUUAGAUAGAUAUGAAGAUGUUGUAUUUGACCUGGAACAGACUUUAGAUGCUGCUCCAGCAAAUAACGCUCACCAAACUAAAACAGGUCUUAGAUUUGUUGCUGAUAAUACAGGAGAAACUACUCCUUUUGAUUGGUAUAACGCACGAUUAUCAAUGGAUUUUGAAGUAAAUAAGCUGGCAGAUGGAGGAAAUAUUGCAGUUGCUGACCAUAACGGAAUUGUAAAUGGUAGUAACUCAUUUAUAGAAAAAUUAAGUAUCCUAGCAAAUGGCCGAGAAGUUUAUAGUUGUAACUACGCAAAUCAUGUUGUAAAUAUUAAAAAUUUACUUGAGUAUAAUCCUUCAUAUGCACAGAGUGUUGCUACAAACGAAUUUUAUUUUCUUGAUACUUCAAGAGCUGCAGAGGAAAGGCCUGCUCAAGGAACUUAUCAUAAAGGUUUUCAUCAAAGGAAAUUACUAUUAGGUGCAUCAGCCACAGUAAACUGUGAAAUUCCUCUUAAUAGAUAUUCUUUCUUUGAAGCAUUGGAAGACAAAUUACUUCCUAAUACAAAAAUCGAACUAAAUAUCGAGAUUGAAAAAGAUGUAAAUUUAAUUUUUAAAGCUGCUGAUGAUUGUAGAGUUAUUAUAACAAGACUACAACUUUUUAUUCCAAAACUUACGUUUAAUUCAGAAGGACAAAAGCUGUAUAUGGAAAAUUAUCUUAAACCUUACAAAUGGGUAUAUUUAAAUGAAGUAGUUGAAAGGUCAAAUAAUUCACAGCAACAGACAGGACAUUUUAGAAUUACAAAUGCUAUUUCAAAGCCAAGGCAUGUAUUUGUUUUUGGAAUUGAUACAGCAAGAAUUGAUUCACAAACAGCCAAUCCAUUUUUAUACGAUACCUUUGAUUUACCAAAUAAUGCUAAUAUAUCAAGAUGUUAUUUAGAAGUUGCAAAUGGAAACGAAUAUCCAGAUAUUCACUUAAAAUCAUCUACUGAUAUGGCAAGAGUUUUUAGAAAUGUAAUGUCAUACGUCUAUGCAAAUAAUGAUUAUCAAGGUGGAACAUUACUUAAUAUAUCUAAUUUCAAAACUUUAUUUCCUUUUGUUCAUUUUGACCUGACAAAACAAAAAAUGGAUAUCAAAGAUGGUGUAACAAAACUAGCAUUUCAUUACGAAUUAACAGCUAAUCCAAACGCUGAUUAUAUUAUUUACGCAUUAGUCUUACAUGAAAGAAUAGCAGAAAUAUCACAACAAGAUGGAAAACUAUUGCUUAGGGCUUAGAUUUAAUAUAAUUCUAUAAAUAAAUGACAACUUAUAUUGAAUACGGUGUAAAACUUACAGAUGGUCAAAAGUCAAAAUUGGCUUCUGCAAUAUUAAAUAAAUCACCACUAACUCUUCGGUUAAAACAUUCUCAUCUUCGAGGUUCUGAUGAGUUAAUGUUAACAAAAAGACAAAUUUCUAAAAUAAAAAAAUCUAUUGCAAAUGGCACAGGAUCAGAUAUAAAGAUAAGUAAGAAACAAAUUAGACGUUCUGUAAAACAUGGUGGAAACUUAUUUUCAUCACUCGCAUCUCUUGGAGCGCGAGUACUACCUUACGCAAUAAAAGGAAUUUCAAAAGCUGUUCCUGCAUUAGCAACUGGUGCUGCUACUGCACUUGGAGAACUUGGAAUAAAUAAAAUAUUUGGAAAAGGAAUUACAAAUCCAAAAAAGUUUAUACCAUUGAUACCCGCUAUUAGAGGAGAAUUAACUAAAUCACAAAUAAAUUUGUUAAAUAAAGCUUAUCAAUCUGGUGAACGACUGGUUAUUAAACCAACUCGUAAACAGAUAGAAGGAGGAUUUCUUGGUACUCUUGCUUCUAUUGGAAUUCCAAUGGCAAUUAGUCUGGUAUCUAAGAUGUUUGGUGGGGGACUACAAGUUGAUAGACGUGGAUCAUCUAAUACAGCAAAUGUUUACGUUCCACAUCCUCCUCCUCCAUCCACACAUGGUGAAGGUUAUCCUUAUCGCUCACCACCCUUUAUUGGUACAUGGGAAAACCCAAUAGGAAUGGGAGUUAAAAAAAAAAAAAGCCGGCAGGCCGUCCAAGUCCAAAGGAAAAGGUCUUCUUCUAGGAAAAAACAGCCCAUUCAACUCAAUCCCCAUUCUAGGAACCAUUUUGUAAUUAAACCUCUAUCCAACUUUGACCUUAUGGAUUGGAUAAAAAGACUUGGUAUUAAACAUUUCAGAGGAAUAUACAGUCGUAAUGGACUACCAAAAAAGAUUAGAAAAGAAUGUGGAAUAAUAAAUCUAGAUGACAUGACAGGCCCUGGAACACAUUGGGUCUGUUAUAGAAAUUUAGAUAAUGUAGUUGAGUACUUUGAUCCAUUUGGACUGAUAAUGCCAAAUGAAGCAUUAGAGUAUUUUAAUACUUCUGGAAAACGUAUAGUGUACUCAAUGGAUGAAAUACAAAAUCGCAAUACUGUUCUCUGUGGUUAUUGGUGUUUAUACUAUUUAUUUGAGCGUCAACGUGGUAAUAGUAUUCUAGAUGUAAUACAUAACCCACAUUUUGAUAAUGACAACAGUGAUUUUAUAAAAGCAUACUUUGGAGGAUAAAAAUAAUAUUUAAUAAAUAUUAUUUUUUUAAUCUUCAUCCGGCGCAUUUUUUAGUAAUUUAAUUCUCUCAACUUUUGUAUUUAGAUCUUUAACACUUUCAACUAUAUCAACAAAUUUUGAGUAAAUGUCAAUAAGACGAUAAAGUUUCUUCUUUUUAUCAUUAUUUAUUUGCAACCAAGAAUACUCCUCAUUUCUUAUUUUUUUCCACAUCUCACAUUCACCAGCCAUUAACACUCUAGAAAGAUCUUCGUUUUUCUUUCUAAGAGACUCCAACUCAUUAUAUAUUUUUGUUCGCACUUCCUUUUCAAAAUCCUUGAUUGUUUUAACAUCCAUUUUUUUCUCUAUCUCAGAAAAGAAUUUAGCCUCCAUUUACUAUAUAAACAGAUAAUUACCUUUUAUAAUAUUAUUAAGUAUAAUUGUUUUCUCUUUUAAUUCCAUAAUCAACUCAAAUAUUUUUAAAAAUGGAGUAUCAUUUUCCAUUCUAUAAAAUGUAGUAUUUUCAUAACUCAUUUUUAAAUUAUUAUAUAUAUUGUCAAGUUCACUUUUAACAAAAAUAGAUCUAGUAGACAUAUUUUAUCUAAACAUUAUAUUAAAUGAAAGAAUCAUAUUGCAUUGUAGAUAAAAAAGUAACUCCUUGCACAGAGCCAAGUGGUUACCAAACUGAUAAAAGAGGUAGAACUCAAUUCUUUUGUAGAUGUGCAGUUUGUGGAAAUAAAAAAGUUAGAUAUGUGAAAACUGGAACAGCUUCUCAAACUGGAAGUGGUAAAAAGAGAAAAACAAAAAAGAAGUAAAAAAACUAAUAAGCCCGUCAGGGAUGGCGGGCAAAGGUAUUGGUGAUGCUGUUGGCCCAAUCAAAACAGGAAUAAAUGUGGGUCAAACAAUUUCAGAAACCUUGUUUCCUCAAACAAAGCAAGUAUUUAAGGAUUAUUGGUCUGGUGAUAUUGCCAAAGGUGCUGUUAAUUCAGAAGAUGGUAUAUUUACUUCCAAUUUCUGGACGGGUAAAACAACUGUGUUUCGUUAUGAUGGUAAAAAAUUUUAUUUAAAAGAAGGUGAACCCAUAAUGGUUGUCAAGAAAAAUGGAAAACAAAUCGGUUAUGCUCAUGUAAGAGAUUUUUUUAGUGGUGGAUUAGGAACCAACAAAAUAUACAAAUCUGUAGCGGAAGUUAAAAAGAAAUAUGGUGGUGCUCUUGCCAGAAGAAAACCUACAUUAACAGAUAAAAUAGCAGAAGGAGCAGCAAUGUUUGUAAAUCCAACUGCAAGUUGGCCAGCAGCUUUUAUGAAACUUGGUAGCCAAGGUUUAAAAGGUGUGACUGACAACAUUCGUCACUAUAGAGGUGGUGCUGUAGAUAUCCAUAAACAGAUUGGUAAAUUGCCAAAACCAAAAGGAGGAUGGACCUUGCCAGGACAUAAAUAUACCGGUCCUUAUAAUGAUCUUGAAAACCAAGUAAGAUAUGAUCCGGAAACUGGUGAAAUAUUAGAAAUUUACGAUCAACCAACUGGACCAACUGAUGCUGUGGCUAUGCAGCAUGAUGUUGAUUAUAGUGUUUGUGGUGAUGACCGAAAGUGUAAAAAUAAAGCUGAUAGAGAGAUGGUAAAAUCAUUGGAUGCAAUUUCUUGGAAAGAAAGACAAUGGGGGCAU